GUUUUCUAGAGUAAUUUGCUUCCAGAAACUUCUCGAAUGUUGAUCUGGAAGUUUUGACUUUUAAAUAAAAGUGGUUUGUCUGAAUUAGCUCGCCUUCAGUCGUCGAGUAGAAAUUCAAGAAGCAAGUUUACAAAAGAAGGUGCGAUCGAAAAAAAUGGGAAAAGAUUAUUACAAGAUUUUGGGAGUGUCCAGAGGGGCCUCGGAUGAUGAGAUCAAGAAGGCCUAUCGUAAAUUGGCCCUGAAAUAUCAUCCGGACAAAAACAAAAGCCCUCAGGCCGAGGAAAGAUUCAAGGAAGUAGCCGAAGCCUAUGAAGUACUAUCGGACAAAAAGAAGCGCGACAUUUUCGAUCAGUACGGAGAGGACGGUUUAAGAGGUGGAGUCGGUGGAGGUGGCAACAAUGAUACCAAUGGUUCAUUCUCGUAUCAGUUCCACGGCGACCCGAGGGCAACGUUUGCUCAAUUCUUCGGAACGAGUGAUCCGUUCGGAGUGUUUUUCGGUAAUGAUGGCGUUGGUUCCAAUAUGUUCUAUCAUGAGAUUGGUGGGGAUAUGAAUGAUCCGUUCGGAUUUGGUGGCCGUGGUGGCAUGGGACCAGGUUUCCCAGGAGCAUCCAGAUCACAGUCGUUCAAUGUUAAUGGUUCGCCCAACAGAAAACAUAAGAUGCAAGAUCCAUUAAUAGAGCAUGAUUUGUACGUAACGCUGGAGGACGUAAACCAUGGAUGCCAAAAGAAAAUGAAAAUUUCAAAAAUGGUUAUGCGACAGGACGGAACAGCUCGGAAGGAGGAAAAGAUUCUGAAUAUUAACGUGAAACCCGGUUGGAAAGCUGGAACGAAAAUUACUUUUCCGAAAGAAGGUGACCAAGUUCCUGGCAAAAUUCCUGCCGAUAUUGUGUUCAUCAUUCGAGACAAACCCCAUCCGCACUUCAAACGGGAGGGCAGCGAUAUAAGGUACACGGCCAAAAUCACCCUACGCCAGUCACUAUGUGGAACCGUGGUCAAAGUACCUACCCUCAGCGGUGAACAAUUGUCGAUAUCCACCGUGGGAGAAAUUGUGAAGCCAACCACCGUGAAAAGACUGCAGGGACGAGGAUUGCCGUUUCCAAAGGAACCAUCGCGAAAAGGUGAUCUGCUGUUGGCGUUUGACAUCCAGUUCCCCAGCCAGCUGAAUCAAAACGCUAAAGAUAUCCUAUCAGAUUUGCUACCAAUGGAUGGAAAUUCCUAAGUUGGGAGAAAUAAGAAUGUUCUAGAGUGACGGAAAAUACGUCGCGGGCAAGGCGCGUGAUGAAAUCUCUCUCGAACGUUCCUUUCCUCUCUGACCGUUACCAAUGUGUUUUGAUUACGACAGCAUCGCGAGAGUGAGAGAGAGCGAUGGAGAGUUGCUGAUGAUUCCCUGUAAAUAUGCUUAGUGUAUUUCAUGUGCUGAACCAGUGGUGGUUCGAAAAAUCGAUAACGAGAGAUGUGAAACUGUAAAUAGCUUUAUUAUGAUGUGAAAGUGUGAAAAAUUUUCUGUACACAAGAAGGAAAAAGAAAAUGUUAUUAGUUUUUCUUUUAAGUUUUAGCUAAAUCUAUUUGAUUAAUUAGGAUAGUGAUCCUGAAACAGAAUGAUUGUGAUGAUGAAUUGCGUUGAUUAGUCUUGGUAAGAAGAGAACGCAUUUAUCUGCUACUUACUAAAAAAACGAAGUCGAUUAUCAUGUGUGGAAGAACAUAAUCGUUGAUUUUGAAGUAAUUCGAAAAAUGGAUAUGGUUUGCUAGAACGUUAUAAUUUCAAUUGUUCGCUGUAAAUAUUUGAGCAAGUUGGUUUAGUUAAUAGAACAAUUUUGUACGUUUUAGUACAUGUAUAAUCAACAA